AUGGAUAACUCGGAAAUCAUUAAAAACCUAAGAAAUUUCUGUUCCUCCAAAGGAAUUUCUACAAAUGGAGUACUUGUUAUAACAAUACAAAAUAACUGGACUACAUCAUUUAGUUCAUUAAUUGUAGAUUUCAAUUCCAACGAAUUGCUUCCAAAUUAUCCAGCGGAAUUAUUAACAAAUUACAAUGAAAAAAGGUUAGGAGAUCUUUUAAUUUGUUAUAAAUCCGAUCUACCAAGACCAGUAUAUUCAGAUACUCCAGUAGUUUCCACUCCAGAAAACCUUCCUUUUUGUUGUCCUGAUAAACUAAUUCCAUACAAACCAAUUCGUACAGAAAAGGAUAUAGCAUUUUCAGAUUUUCUAAAAUCUUUAGGAGCCUAUCCAAAUUAUAUAUUUGAAGUAAAGAAACAAGUAAAUAAUGGUCAACUUCUAUCUACCAAGUAUUAUUCCUUGAAUGGAGGAGUGAUUAAAGAAGUGUUUGAUGAUAUGUUUGAAAAUAUUAAAUUUUAUAUCAGAAAGCUACUCAAUGGUUUAUGUUCGAUCAUCAAAAGAAUAUUAACAUGUGUCGAGAGUUAUAUUUUCUUGAUAUGUAUCUCUUCUCUAGUCUCUACUUCUGUGUGUGCUUUCAUUGUUAGCUCUUGUCGCUCGAUCUCUUUCUUUUCUGUGAUCGUCGAUCAAUGUGAACCAAACUUUUUAUACAGUCAAAAUUAUAUUAGUUUUUUAUUAGUCGACUAA